UCAGAAGAAGGGUUCCCUUCUGUCCACUGCUUUUGUAUUUCAAAAUUCUUGUCAUUUAACCCCAGCUUUCCACAGAUGAUUUCAAGGUCACAGGAAGCAUGUAUCUGCAAAGGAAGAAACAAAGGUGGAAAAGUACUCACAGGAGUAUGCUGUAGCUUGCUCUCUUUAAGAGCAGAUGGGUAUAGAAUCUUCUUGUGCACUGCCUUUUAGGCAGUGUGUACUUGACCUGUUUGCUUGCUCUCAAAGCAACACUGUAUGUUCCCUUGAUCACUGUUGCAGGUUUUUACUGCUUUUCUGCUACACCGAUGAACAGACUUACAGACCUUUAACUCCACGAUCCUCUCCACUCAUGGCCAGGAUGUGCUGUUUACUCCUAGCAUCUUAAGCAAAAUAAGCUUCUUUGUUUCCCAAAAGAAAGAUGAAACAACUUUGAGAACAAGGAUGUAGAGUUACUUACAGAUAUGUAUAUGUGUAUAGAGACAAUGGUGUGUUCUAACAGUCAUGAUAGGCAAGGAUCACAGUGGAUUCCUAUCUCCUUGGUGUCCUUCUGGUUCUCAUGCUGUCUCUGGUAUGUGUUUACAGUCCAUUUUCAAUGUGUGGCCAUGUCCCAGGGACUGUGAAUUCAUCUAGAGAUGCCAUGAUGAAAAGAGCAUAAUUUUUUUUUUUCCUCUAUCAUAAGGCAUAAAAUGUCCAUCUUCUUUCUUCGCAGGUGUCUAUCCUUAAUUCAUUCCUUCUGUCUGAACCAGUGCUAGUGGUGGCAAUUUAUAUUUUAAUAUUUUCUCCAGGAGUAAGUUAUUCUCCGUUUUGCUGGGUAAGAGCCCUUAGGGAAGUAUGGGACAAGGAGGAACUCCACUUCUAUAUGUGACAAACUUUCUGUACAUCCUAGACUAGAGUGCCAAAUUAUUGCUGCUGGGGGCUGGUCUUUUGGUUUGUACAGAGUCCCUGACCCAGGUAACUUCUCCAUUCAUGUCAUUUCAAGUCAACAUAAACUCUUCCUCCAUUUAGCAGAGAAACUUAAUCAGGAAUGGCUGAUGUUGCAUCUGUGCAUAGCUAAUAAGCCCCACAAAUUAAAGGUUUCCUAUGUUGGGUUUCUAAGAAGCUUGCUGCCCUGUUAGACACAAGUGAAGGUGACAGAUUGUGAUGGUGCAUUCCCUCCUCCCUGGUGAUUCCUUAAGUGACCUUAAAACACCCAUUCGUAACACAAACAUGCAUCCAACUGCUGAAAUUCCUUCUUCUGCAUGGGACUGGGAUAGUGAUUCUCUGCACAACAGGCAGGGAUGCUCAGAAAAGAAAUGUUAAUCUUGCCAUGUAGCUACCCCACAGCUGGGAUAGGUUAUGUGUUGUGCUGUUUGAUUUUUGACUUAUAUCAGCUCAUAACUCUGACCUGUUUUGUAGCUUUGUUUGCUGAAUAAAAGAACUGUCCUGCCAAAGCCAUCUCUGAAGGGAUUGCUGCAGUCAUAUCACUUAUGGUAGCCAUCUUGCACACCUUAUUUCCCACCUCAAAUGUAAGAGCCUAGAAAAUGUCUUUUUUCUCACUUUGACAUCUCAGCCAAAAAAACUCAAAUGAAGUCCCAUUUACCCAUUUUAAUGGGUAAUGACACUGGUAAGUUAAAGAACAUAUUUAACAAGUCUGAUAACUUCAUUUUGAAUGUUCUGUGAGAGUUUUUGCCAGUUUUCUAAGUCAAACAUAAUGUCCAGACAGGAAGCUGGCUUUCUUGUGUCUGCUGAAAAGAAGUUCCAUUUUUGAAGGUUGUGAAUGUUAGUUUUAAGCGAGGGUCAGCUGAAAGAGCUCCAGUGCUUCGUUUUGGGCAUUUUAUCCUGUUUCUACGUGUCAAUUUUCUUUUUAGAAUACCUGAAUUUUCAUAAUUUGAUUUAAAUUGUUCCUGUGUCCCAUUACAGCAUGUAACAUAAUAGAAAAAAAAAAAUCCACUAGUAUAUUGUGAUACAUUGGAUAUGCUUCCUGCAUCUGAAGUCAAUGGAUGAUGUUGAGAUCUGUUUGUUCAAUUGGAAAAGCAGAUUACUCUUUACAUCUGUAGAAAUGGACAGCAGCAGUUUCAUUCAGUUUGAUGUGCCGGAGUACAGCAACACUGUUCUGAGCCAGUUAAACGAGCUCCGCUUGCAAGGGAAACUCUGUGACAUAAUCGUGCACAUUCAGGGUCAGCCGUUCCGUGCCCACAAAGCUGUCUUAGCUGCCAGUUCUCCAUAUUUCCGUGACCAUUCAGCAUUAAGCACCAUGAGUGGCCUGUCCAUAUCAGUUAUUAAAAACCCCAAUGUUUUUGAACAGUUGCUUUCUUUUUGUUACACUGGAAGGAUGUCCUUGCAACUGAAGGACGUUGUCAGUUUUCUGACUGCAGCUAGCUUCCUACAGAUGCAGUGCGUCAUUGACAAGUGCACACAGAUACUGGAGAGUAUUCAUUCAAAGAUCAGUGUUGGUGAUGUUGAUUCUGUUACUGUCGGUGCCGAAGAAAACUCAGAGAAUCGCAAUGGCGUUAAAGACAGCAGCUACUUUGCCAACCCUAUUGAGAUAUCUCCUCCCUAUUGCUCUCAGGUGCGACAGUCAACAGCAGGCAGCGAUCUUCGGAUGGAAACUACUCCAGGCAAAACUCUUCGUAGUCGUCUGCAAGAAGAAGGGCAUUCAGACCGAGGGAGCAGCGGGAGUAUCUCUGAAUAUGAGAUUCAGAUUGAAGGUGAUCAUGAGCCAGGAGACCUGAUAGUAAGGGAAAGUCAGAUUGCAGAGGUGAAAGUUAAAAUGGAAAAGUCUGACAGGCCAAGCUGCUCUGAUAGCUCUUCCCUUGGUGAUGAUGGAUAUCACACUGAAAUGGUGGAUGGAGAGCAGGUGGUGGCGGUAAACGUUGGUUCCUAUGGGUCUGUCUUACAACAUGUUUAUUCAUUUACUCAUGCCUCAUCACAGGCUACAGGUGUGUCAGAAACCUUUGGAAACAUGAGCAAUACAAGUCCUUCAAGGUCAAUGCUGAGCUGUUUCAGAGGGGGUCGUGCACGCCAAAAGCGAGUACCUACGGGUCACUUGCACAGUGAUGUCCAGGGCUUGGUGCAAGGGGCUGACAGUGAAUCCAUGGGUACACUAAACCAGCACUUGCGAAAAAAUCACCCGGGGGUUACAGAAGUGAGAAACAGGGUUGAGUCUCCAGACAGAACAGAAGCAUUUGUGGAACAAAAAGUAGAUAAUGAUGCUUCAGCUUCUGAAGUCAUGGAUUCUAGUAUGGAAAUUCAUGCAAUGUCUAACACAUCUGAUUAAAAUCUUACAUCUAAGUGAAACACAGACAAGCACAUUACUAAUGUAUUUUUAAAGUAUUUUAUUCUUUUAGUAAUCUUCAGUACAAGUGUAACAGCCUUUUAAUUUUCCUGAUCUUCUAGAAAUCAGUUAGAAAUGGUUUCUGGAGAAGACUUCAGAAGUAUUCUUUGUUUUUGAAGGAGGCUGAAUUGUUUGGGGUUUGUUUUUUUAUAUUUGAAGACACUCAGAAUAUAAAGACAGUGUACUGGGGAAAGGCUAGGAAGAGUCUGGUGAAGUGUCCCUGCUGAUCUGGUGAGACGCAAAUGCCAGUGGAGAAAGAUGUUAGAAUAAGAUUGGCAGCUCUGCUGAAUGCUCAGAGAAGCUGUAAUUUCCUUUAUUUCUUAAAUCCUGUUGCUGGUAAUGAGUUACACAGCAGCUGGGAGAGAGAAUAUUUCAGCUGUGAUUCCUCUCCUGUCACAAUGAAAUCUGUUCACUCUUACUAACUGGUUUUGGUAGUGAGACUGUUUAUAUAUAUAAAUUUGCUUUAUAUAUAUAAAAUGCUUUCACUUUGCCUGUUCUAUGUCAAGGCUAAUACCAUAUGCCACUCUAUCAACCGUUAGGACUCCUCUCUACUUAGGUUUAGCACUUCGGACUUUGGGAGGAUGGUUUUGGUUUUAAACAAAUGUUUGGUUUUCAUUUUAUUAAACUAUUACUUUGUGUGCAAAAGUGAGCAAAGUGAAUUACCUUGUUUUAAUAGCUUUGCUUUAUAACAUAUGUAAACCAAAUGCCAUAAAUCUAUUAAACUAUGGUUAAAUUGUUGAAAGGUUUUGUUAGUUGUCUGGAAUGCAAGCUGGACAACCUGUGGUGCUGACCUUUUUAUAUAUAUAGAGAUAGCUAUAUCUAUAUAUAUAUAGAUAUACACAUAUAUAUAUAUAUCUAUAUAUUAAAAAAAUAUUAGCAAACUUAAAAGUAGCAUUGUGGUCUAAAAUGUGUUUUUACUGGCCUCAGAAUCUACCUUCAUUUUGUACUGUAGAACCAUACCAGGUAAUUAAACUUAACUUCAUCACUCUUCAUGGUUGGUUAAAACAUGAGAGAGAUGUAGUUUAAACCACAGUAUUUCCAAGCAGUAUUUUAAUAGGUCUCUUCACAGAGAGCUGUUUUCAGGUGCACGUUGGCUUCCUACUUAAAUCUCCAAGUGAUAUGCCAGCACUUGGAAUUUGUACUUUUUUUGUAUAAAAAAACAAAUACUUUAUGGGAAUUUUGAGCAAUAUGUUAUUUCAUGUGUGAGUAUUACAGAGUUGCUAUGGCUUCUCUGUUUUUUCAGUGGUUUUUUCUCUAUAAAGGAGCUACCAACAACUUUAAAAAUACUCUAAAUCUUUUUUGUUUCACCAAAUAUGUGUUUUUAAUAUGGUGCUAACUUCAUAAUUUAGGUCAGUAUAAUAUAUAACAUGUGAAACAUGAUGGUCAAGGAAAAAAAAAUCCCCAAAAACAAAAGCCCCCCCUACACAAACCAACUCCCCCAAAAUCCCAACCAAACAGAAAAAAAAAGGAAAAAAAAAAAAAAAAAAAAAAAAAAAUAGAAAAAAACUCAAUCCCAUACCACAAAAAAACAAUGGCUUAAAAGACCUCAAAAGCAUUGGCUGACAAACACUACUGUUUAACAUUCUACCUGAUGAACAGAAUUAGUUAUUAAACUAAUCACAUACUUCUUUAGAAUACAGGUUUUAUAUUAUUGGGUCUUAUGUUUGUUUAGCUUAUACUGAAAAUACAUUUGUGAACGUGCUGUUUAACUCCCAAAAAUUAGAAAAUAAAAGCUCAUUUCUAAAUUACUGGAAAGAAAAAGGUAGGUUUGCUAUCUUGUAAAAUUUUUUGGCCUCUGUGAAGCUGGGGCAUGUUUGUGCAGUGGCUUUAUUAAAUACACUAGUUCUUAAUAUUGUGACACUCUGCAAUAAGAAUCUCUCAAACAUGGAUUUACAGUAUAACUGCCACCUGCUCCAUUGGAGCAAUUUCAGUUAAAUUAAGUACAUCAUUUGCCUCUUUGUCCUAAAACUGCCUAAAUAAAGAGGCAGGGGGUGGGGAGAUGUUUCUCUCCUUGAAGCAACAGCAGAAAUUUUGUUUCCAGUAAGGGAAGGGAUAGUCUGUGUCUAAGGCAGGUAGUCUGUAUGUUUACCCACCUAAAAACAUGGUGUUUCCGAUACAGUUUUUUCCUUGAGUGUUUGUUUUAAGUAAUUAAAUGCAAAAAGUGUGUUUUGGUAAAUUAAGUUUGAGACAAGCAAAAUCCAAGAAAUGUACAGUUAUUCUUAACCCUUUAUCUUGAACCUGUGCUGUGGUGCCUUUGGUGUGACUUUUUCCCUGGAAGGAUGACUUGAGGAUAACAGGAUAUGGGUACAAAUUUAUAUUUCUUGAAUUUCUCUGUGUCACAAUCUUAGCAUUAUUUAAAUCUAGUUCUUUGUAUUUGUAAAUGUAUUAAAAUGGUUUGAGUUUACCAAAGAGUGACUUAUCCAAAAUUGUCUCAGACAAAAGCAGACAAGAACACAACAUCAUGUUGAUUGUACAGGUUCAGGUUCAAAGCAUUGUAACAGACUGUUAAGGGGCAGGAAAUGAUCCAUUUUUGUACAGCCCGUGUACAGCAGCGUGCGGGCAGCGCUCUUGCCUCCAAGCCAUAGUCAGCUCUGAGGGGCAGCAGCGCCCGGGCUCGGGCAGUGCCCCGGCCGAGCUCUGCCGGACACCGAUGGCACCCCCUGGCAGCAGCAGUGCCACUGUGCCUUGUCACACAGCGGGCUGCCAGCAUCAACACUGUCACAGACACCAGGAGCGACCCGAUGGACUUCACGUCACCAGCCUACGGAGCAGGAGGCCACAACUUUAGCAAAGGGUGGGAACACUGUACCGUGUCUCGUGUCUGUGCAGUUCUCAGCACAGAGCUGUUACACAUUUCAUUUACAAUAAAUGCAGAAGUCAAUAGAAUAUGUGAAGAAAUAUUUGACAGUAAAAUAAGUAAUGAAAUUAUACAGGCUGGUUCAUAAUUGAGUCUCUUCUUAAUCUACCUUUUUAAUUCUAGACAAAUGUGAAAACAGUGACAGUGUCCUUUCCUCUAGAUGCUUAACCUAUUCUGACAAACUGUGAAAAUAAAGGAUUUUAUACCUUUGCUAAUGUUUCUGCUUUAAAACUAUUAUUUUCAUUUUCUUUAUCAGUUAUCUUCCAUAUUACUUCUUUUAAACUUGUAAAUACAUUUAGAAAAUAGCUUUGUUAAUACUUACAGUGUAUUAAAAGUUCAGUUUGGUCACUAAGACCUCAAGAUUGGCUCUGCUUUUUGGGUGUGAAAUCUUUCUGUAGCAUAAAGGAUACUGUCAGUUCACUGUCAGCAGGGUAGACUGUAGGCCUAAAUUGAGUGUUUUAAUGCAGUCUUCCCCAGCAUAAAUUCAUGUUUUAUGCUGAAGCCUUUGGUUUACUUUAGAUAAAACAAUGAGGCCUCUUAAUAUGUUUAAGCCAAGUUAUGGGAAGAACAACAGGAAUAAAAUCAAGGGCUGGGAAAAUAUUGAAUAAGCUUUACCGUUAAAUAUAUAUAUAUAUUAUUUUAACUUUUGUAUUAGUUUACUGUGAUUCUUUUAUUAUCAUUUUUCUAAACAGGUUUUACAUGAAACCAUUGAAAGGGACUCAAAUAUGCAACACCUAAUCUAUUUUCCAAGGGAAUUUUACCCUUGAAUGGUGCUUUUUGACUGGUCAGGGUUAUUUAUUAAAUUUUAUAUUUGAAAGUAUUUGGGGAAUUAUGUAAAUUCUUUAUAUGAAUCUCUUUAUUUCAUGAAUUGUAAAUUUCAUAAUACUCAGUGAUCAAAUUGGAAGUUUAGUAAAGUCAUUCAAAAUGUUCAAACUUUAUAAUCUGUGUGCAUUUUACAUAUAUUUUAUCAAGUGCCAGAAUACUUGUAUUUAAUAUUGUAGAUUUGAUACUACUUGCACAUCCCUGUGGCAGCAUUAACUUAAGUUACGCAAGUUUACAUUUAAAAAAAAAAAAGCUAAACGAAUAAGUAAGCCUGGGACACAUGAUCCUCUAUUUCUUCAGGGGGAUGUGAAGCCACGUAUCACUGACUGAGCAGGUUUGCUUCCUGCUCCUGUAGCUCACUCCUGCUAUGGCAGAUACAGAACUGCUGACUCCCAUUCCCACAGGCCAGGGAUUCAGCCUCUGAACUCAGCCUGAGAACCUCUGGUUGUACAUCUGGUUAGAGGUAGAGCUCUUGCACGAUUUUAACAGUGUUUGUUUCUGACUGAAAAUUUGUAUUUUUAAAUAAAUUUUAUUUGUAUGGUUAUUUUUCAAGAUAAAUAAUUGAACAGUUUGAAUGACUUGACUUGGUGUCAUUAUCUUGCAAUAUAAACCUCACACCUCCACACUUCAUCGCCAUGUGAAGUAAAUGAAGCUAGCUAAGCUGAUGCUGUAAGAAUUAGUAAGUUGCCAUUAAGGAUUAUUUUACAGCAUGAACUUUAAAAUAUUUAUUCAAAUGAUAUUUUACUCUUGUAUUCACUUUGGUUUUAGAUUCGUGACAUGAAUAUUUCUGUGCUGCUUUAUUUUGUUCUGAUGAAUUUGUUUCUUGCUUGUAAAUUGCCUUUUUUAUGGUAUAAAGUCAAUCGGAAUUGCUGUUUGUAAAUUAAAAUGCUUCUAGAGCAAA